ACGGGGGAAGCAGCCGUCGGUGGCGGUGGUGAGCCCGGAAAGGGGGAAGGAGGAGGGAAGAAGCUCCUGGCGCGGUCCCUGCCUGCCUGACCCGAACUAUGGGAAGAUGAGACAGGAAACUGUGCCACCCAGAUUGUUUGAUCCAGUGAGCCUGCAAAGAAAGGUCUCUGAGGCCCCCGUCUGCUGACUGCAUGAAAAACCCUAAAGGAAAUGCCAGUCGUGAUGGCCCGGGACCUGGAGGAAACAGCAUCAUCCUCAGAAGACGAGGAGGUGGCAAGCCAAGAGGAUCAUCCAUGCAUCAUGUGGACUGGAGGCUGCAGGAGAAUUCCUGUCUUAGUGUUCCACGCAGAGGCCAUUCUGACAAAGGACAAUAACAUUCGCGUAAUUGGAGAACGGUAUCAUUUGUCCUAUAAAAUUGUGCGGACAGAUAGUCGUCUGGUACGUAGCAUUCUGACAGCGCAUGGAUUUCAUGAAGUUCAUCCAAGCAGCACUGACUAUAACCUCAUGUGGACAGGAUCCCAUCUAAAGCCCUUCUUACUUCGUACCCUCUCUGAAAUGCAAAAGGUCAAUCACUUUCCCAGGUCUUAUGAACUAACCCGGAAGGACCGACUGUACAAAAACAUUAUUCGAAUGCAGCAUACACAUGGAUUCAAGGCAUUCCACAUCCUCCCUCAGACCUUCCUCCUGCCAGCUGAGUAUGCAGAAUUCUGUAAUUCCUAUUCAAAGGACCGGGGACCUUGGAUAGUAAAACCUGUGGCCUCUUCCAGGGGACGUGGUGUCUACUUGAUAAACAGUCCAAACCAGAUUUCCCUGGAGGAGAACAUCCUGGUCUCUCGUUAUAUCAACAAUCCCCUGCUCAUAGAUGAUUUCAAAUUUGAUGUACGUCUCUAUGUGCUUGUGACGUCCUAUGAUCCUCUUGUCAUUUAUCUCUAUGAAGAGGGGUUGGCUAGGUUUGCAACUGUGAGAUAUGAUCAAGGAGCUAAGAACAUACGGAACCAGUUCAUGCACCUGACCAACUACAGUGUGAACAAGAAGAGCGGUGACUAUGUCAGUUGUGAUGAUCCUGAAGUGGAAGAUUAUGGGAACAAAUGGAGUAUGAGUGCAAUGCUUAGGUACCUGAAACAAGAAGGGAAAGACACAACUGCAUUGAUGGCCCAUGUAGAGGAUCUGAUCAUUAAGACUAUUAUUUCUGCUGAACUAGCUAUUGCUACUGCUUGUAAAACCUUUGUUCCUCACCGCAGCAGUUGUUUUGAGCUUUAUGGCUUUGAUGUUCUCAUUGAUUCAAGCCUGAAACCAUGGUUGCUGGAAGUGAAUCUCUCUCCUUCUUUGGCAUGUGAUGCACCUUUGGACCUAAAGAUUAAAGCCAGUAUGAUUUCAGAUAUGUUCACUGUUGUAGGAUUUGUGUGCCAAGACUCUUCUCAACGGUCAUCAACCAGGCCAAUUUAUCCUACAUUUGAGCCUUCCAGGCGAAAUCCCUUCCAGAAAAGUCAGCGUCCAGCAUCUGCUCCAGUUCAAUCACCAAACUUCAAACAGCGUUCUCGUCCUCUGUCUGCUAGUGAUGCUGAAAUGAAAAAUCUUGUGGGUUCAGCAAGGGAGAAGGUGCAAGGGAAAUUAGGUGGUUCCGUGCUUGGCUUAUCAAUGGAGGAGAUCAAGGUUUUACGGCGAGUGAAAGAAGAAAAUGAUCGUAGAGGGGGAUUUAUUCGCAUAUUCCCUACAUCAGAAACGUGGGAUGUUUAUGGGUCCUACCUAGAACACAAGACCUCAAUGAACUAUAUGCUGGCCACACGCCUCUUCCAGGACAGGGGAAAUUCAAGAAGAAGCCUAUUGGUAGGGAGGCCACGAGUGGCUGUUGAUUCAGGGCCAGAAAUGAAGGUGGAGAAUAUCAAUUCAAAAGCCAAACUGCAUGCUGCUCUUUAUGAAAGGAAGCUUCUAUCCCUGGAGGUGCGAAAACGCAGAAGAAGGAAUGGCAGAUUGAGGGCACUAAGGUCAAAAUACCCAGUGAUUCCACAACCAGCUGAAUUAUCCAUUAAAACUGAGACAGAAAGUGAAGAGGAAGAAGAGGACCCAAUAGAACAUGAAGAUGAAGAACAGGAAGCAUCCCAAGAGGAAUCUGCAGGGUCUCUUGUAGAAAAUCAAACCAAAUAUACACCUUCACUGACUGCCUUGGUGGACACUCCACCCAAAGAAAGUUCCUUGAAAGCUUCUGAAUGGAAUGGAGAAACUACUCCUUGCCCCAAGCCUGAAAUUCAACAGCCAGAACCAACAUUUAACUUGAUGCAGAUUCUGCAAGAAAAUGGAAAUCUCAGCAAAGUCCAGGCUCGAGUAGCCUUCUCUGCCUACCUUCAACAUGUUCAAACUCGACUGAUGAAAGAUAGUGGAGGCCAAUCUUUUAAUGCCAGUUGGGCUGCCAAAGAGGAUGAACAGAUGGAGCUGGUAGUUCGGUUCCUCAAGCGUGCAUCAAGCAAUCUCCAACAUUCCCUGAGAAUGGUGUUACCCAGCCGGCGAUUGGCCCUUUUGGAAAGAAGAAGGAUCUUAGCACAUCAACUGGGUGACUUCAUCAUUGUCUACAACAAGGAAACAGAACAAAUGGCUGAAAAAAAAUCAAAGAAGAAACUUGAAGAAGAAGAGGAGGAUGGAGUGAAUCCCGAAAACUUUCAGGACUUCAUAAGCCAUGCAAGUGAGGCUGAACUGGAGGAGGUUUUGACUUUUUAUACCCAAAAAAACAAAUCUGCAAGUGUCUUUCUGGGAACUAAUUCCAAAGCCGCCAAGAACAGCAGCAGUUAUUCUGAUAGUGGGGCAAAAGGUGACCAUCCUGAGACAGUGGAAGAAGUGAGAAUCAAGCAGCCCAAACAUCAACAAGGAGCAGAACUUCAUACUGACAAAUUAUCACGAUUUACCACCUCAACAGAAAAAGAGAGUAAAUUCCCCUAUAGCACUUCCCUUUGUCCAUCCUCUGGUCCUAGUGCUAUUCUUCAGAAAAUUCCCAACUCCCAUUUGACAUCUCUGAUUUCAUCCUCUGACCUCACACCAGUACCUAGUCAUCACUCUGCUUUUUCCCAAGUUCCUCCAGUUAUCUCCAAUGUGGCUCAUCAACCAACUGCUUUACAGAAUGCAACCCCUGAUAACUGUUCUCCCUCCCCACAUUCGGUGUCACAUCGUGUACCUAGUCCAGCUGUACUGCCACGCUGUCGGUCUGGCAGUUACACCAUUGGUCCCUUCUCCUCAUUUCAAAGUGCUGCGCAGAUAUAUAGCCAGAAACUGUCUCGGCCCUCCUCAGCUAAAGCAGCAGGUACAUGCCAUCCAAAUAGACACCAUGCAGGCUUAGCCAAAACAGCCAAGGAUGGAGAUGACAGCACUACUUUUGGCAAACGAUACAAUCAAAGCAUGGUGACAGCUGAACUUCAGCGGCUGGCUGAGAAACAAGCAGCACGGCAAUAUUCCCCAUCCAGUCACAUCAGUCUUCUCACUCAGCAGGUAACAAACCUGAAUUUGGCAAGUGGAGUCACAAAUCGAACAGGUGCUACCACUCCCCCUAUCCUUCGUCCAGUGCACAGUCCUGGAGGUCCAACAUGGUCGGCACAUUCAGACCCUCAAGUCUCUGAAAGCAGGACUAGCCCACCAGUAAACAGGAACAUGCAAACAGGUGGCUUUGCCUGGGAAGGGGAAGUAGAAAAUUCUGCAUACAAGGCAACAGGAAUGAUACCGCAACACAAGUAUCAUCCUACAGCUGGCAGCUAUCAGCUCCACUUUGCGCUACAACAACUUGAACAACAAAAACUUCAGUCCCGGCAGCUGCUUGACCAGAGCCGAGCCCGGCACCAGGCAAUCUUUGGCAAUCUCAUAUUACCCAGUUCCAAUCUGUGGUCUAUACAUAAUGCAGGCUACAGAAUCUCCAGUACUACUGGCAGUGGUCAGAAGCCUACCAGUCUGCCACAGAAAGUGGUGCCAUCUCCAAAUUCUUCCUCAUCCCUGGUCCCCAAACCCCCUCCCAAUCACAAGCAGGUGCUUAGGAAGAUGUCAUCCCAAAGAGUUUCCAAGACGGCCUCCACAGAAGGACAGCUGAAUGGAUUCCAGACCAGCCUUAGUAAUGCUAGGUCAUUUAUGCCCAUCACAAAGUCUAGAGCUCCUGCUUACAACCUGUGAUGAAUCACUGACACGGAGGAAGAAACCGUUCCACACCACUGGGUUGAAAGAUAAAGAUGGAACAGCCAUUGUAGCUAGAAGGAGUCCAUUUUUGUUCCCAUUUGCAUCAUCAUCCCCAGAUCAAGGUGGUAGCAGAUUUCUCCCUCCCAGUCUACAGAUCCUAGCCUGGGACAACUGAAGAAAAGAUGAGCUGGGUUUUGGUGGAACUUGACAGUAUUCAGUUCAACUGAUUCUCUCUGACAGAGCCACAAAUGUACCUUUUCCCCUUCCUUUUUAUCUUUUUCCUUCCCCCUUACAUACCUAGGUCUUUCUCCCUCUUGUGCUAACAGGCAGAGAUGAUAUAAAACAGAAGCUCUUUGGCUAUUUGUAUUUUGCUUCCGCUUCUUUUAGAUUCAUUAUCAAGCUCCUGUCUUAUAUAACCCUAGAGAAUAAACAUCAUUAUGAACAAAAUUUAUAAUCCCUUUAAGAAGGGUAUUAAGGGCAAAGGGAGAAAAGGCACACAGAACAUGUUAACCAGUAAUUGGAGAAAGGCUAGUGUGUUGACCACAUGAACCCCAAGGUGAAGCAGCAUUUUAGAAUUACUGAUUUUUAAUAUUGAUAAAGUAAUUCUAUUUUUGUUUUAUUUUUCCACUUAACUAAUUUCCCUCCAAUCAAUAUUCAUUUUCAAGCGAAAUGGAAAUGUGACCAACUUUUUAUUUUAGUUAAUUGCUGGACAUUUAAAAAUUUUAAUUUUAGAAGUGUGCAUUGCUUUGGUAUAUUUUGAUUUUAGGUUUUGUUCAGACAGAAUGUAGCCAUGGUCAUACCCUCAAUGGUAGCUUAUGAGCCAGGGAACAUGGGACAGGAGGAGGUGUGGGAGGGCUUCACAAAUGCACGAAUAUCUCCCCGUCAAACCAUGACAGAUGACUGAGGGAGCUAGAUGCUGUUCUUGAAUUGCACAUUAAUUUUUCCCUCACACUACAUUGUUUACAUAAACAGUCCAUUAAAACAAUGCAAAACAGCCACUGAGUGGAUCUAAUAAGUUUCUCAUACUAACUCUCUGCUUUCUUACUUCCUCACUUUCCCCUGCUUCUUUGUCAGCACUCUCCUGAAGGAGGUCCUAAAACACAGUGUGCUUAGGCUUUUAGACUCAAGCCAUUUGGGGAGUUUCUGUAUUCUCUGUGACUUUGAGCAACAGUGUCAUCAUCCCUAAAUCUGCUAUACUGUAAGGGGAGCUUUAAGGUGCUUCCUGAUCGUGGUGACAGCCAGUGGGCCACCUGGCCAAAUGAAGGAGGCUCCAAAUUGCAGGGCUACAGAACGAGGUGUUACAGACCAGAGUUGGAAACUCAAAAAUGAAAAUCACCUCCAACAAAGACAAAGAAAAGAGACUUGAUUAACUGUGAGCAGCUUUUGAAAAAUCUUUUUAAUGAAUGAAAACAAAGGGUUUGGUGCAUUUUUUUCUUUUUGCCUUUGUUAUAAAAAAAAAUCACUUAGAGUGACAAGAUCUAUUUGUUAUAGUGGAGGGAGCAGGCAUAUAUUCUAAAUGUUACUGGUGCCCAGGAUACUGGCUUGAGGGACAAAUAUUUUGCUGUGUUUUUUUUUUUUCCCAUUCAACUGUGAAUUAAGUUGGGGGACAAAAUAGAGCUCUGCCAUUUACUUUGAAAUGAAAGUUUGUGAAUAAAAGGGUUAUCUGGAAUCUCCUAUAAUGGUAUUUGUGAAUGGAGAUUUAGGGCAUUUACCCACAAUAAAGGGAUGUAGAUUAAUGGGACUGUUCAGAAAUUCUUCAGAAAAUAAUCAGUCAGUGGAAUAUAUAGUGUUCUUCCUGACUUUGCAGGUGCUGAUAUGAGAUUCCACAUCUUACUUUUUCAUUUAUUCAAGUGCUUUCAAGUAAAUGUAUUGGCACUGGGCUUCUCACAAUAAGAAGCUAAAUAGUACAUGCAGUCCUCCCUCCUGCCCAUUUCCAUGGCUGUAGCAAUGCUUCUGGUGCUCCUCUUUAUCCCUGGACUCCCACAAAUAACAUGUAUGUGGAAAAUGGAGAGUCAAUUAUUCACGUUUUUAUAGUCCCUAUAAAUAGAGUAUGUAGUUGUGAUCCUGGCAACCAGAUCCCUUCCCAUAUUUGCAUGUGGUGAUUAAGGCAAGAGAAGACUUCUUCCAUAAAAAAUAUCUUUGGAAUCGCA